UUUAAAUUAUUUAAAGAGAGUGCAAUAUGUUCAAAUUAAAUACUUUUCAAAAGAAAUAUUCAUUGAACUUCUAAACUAAAAUAGUGUUUGAAAAAAACAGUUAAUUAAAUUGUUUAAAUAGUUUUAGUUCGUAGUGCGAUAUAAUAUUAUAAUAAAAUGUUACCUCCGAGAACUUUAGGGAUAAUAUGUGUACUUGCGUUCUUUGGUAGCAGAGCUGCUAUGGCUCCAGCAAAUGGACUCUCCAGGCCAGACCCUUUCCCAAUGAGUGCAGGAGUAGGAUAUCGAAUCCAGAGCACCGUCCUGGUGAAUGAACCCAGGUCGAUACGUGCUGGUGGAGAUGUUGGCUAUAGGAUAACCGGCAGAUUGAACGUUGGAGCCAUUUGGGAUGGCGGAAAUGGUGACAAAAUGUUAAGAUUUGAGUUGCUGUAUCCAAAAUUACACGUAAAAUCUCGGAAAGCACCAGCUCCUGAAGGUUUUGUAGAACACAGUUCAAGAAUUGAAAGUGCCAAAAACAAGGUAUUUUAUGCGACGUGGUCCAAUGGAAAAAUAGAACAUUUGUACGUGGAUCCCGAUGAGCCGUUAUCCAUGAUAAAUUUCAAGAGAGGACUUGUCAGUCUUUUCCAGUUCCAACUUCUAGAUGGCGAUCAUAUGGAAUCUGAUGUUUCUGGCGAUUGUCUAGCUUCUUAUACGACAUCAGGCCCUCAUUCAGGAGUCAAGAAGUCCAAAAAACGUUGCUUAAUUAGCCAUCAAAAUAAAAGAGAGAGGCCUGAUGAAGCCCUAUCUGUGCAUACACAUUCUCAAAGAGGAGUCGAAUAUAAGACAAAUCAAGAAGGUCUUUUGGAGUCAAUUAUUGCUGAUGAAGUUCACGAAUUGGAAUUGGUUUUGAAACGCGAUGCAGGUGCCAAUGUCCGUACGAAAAUUGAACUCGUUCUGGAAGACAAAAAGGUGAAAAUGUCACCAAUUAAGAGCAUCAAUUUACAAGAUGCCGUUAAACAAUUGAAAAAUGUUGCAAGUAGAACACUGCGCGCUGAGAAGGAACCGUCUCUCUGCCAAGAUGAACAAUGUCCUACGAUGGAACGGUUGGUAUCAGAACAUCGGAACAGUUUGAAGCAGGAAUCGAUUGGAGGAGCUCGUGCUGCUACAGCAUUUGUGAAGAUUAUUCCAGCGGUCAGAGCGGCUACUACUGAUCAAAUAUUAUCAGUUCUCGAUUCGCUGAAAAACGCAGAAAUUAUAACUCAACUUUGUGAUCUUUGUGGAUUUGCCCAAACAUCAUCAUCCCAUGAGGCCAUCAAACGUUUCUUAGACUUAGAUAAUGAUCAUGAUCUUGACAACUGGGAACGUUAUCUUUGGGCUUUAUCUAUGGGUGCUCAUCCAUCACCUGAAGUUUUAGCAGACAUAUUGAGAAUGGUGCAGAAGAAAGCGAACAAAACUAGGGAUCACAAAUUGACCGAUACACUUCUUCAAACUAUGGCAGCAAUGGCCAAAAAUUUAGCAAAAUUACCUGGACGCAGCUAUGAAGAUAAGUUGGUGCAACAAGUAUCUACACAUAUUAGUCAAAAUCUCAAAGCAUGUCAGAAUGAUGAAUGUCGUCUUGUUUACAUUCGAGCAAUGAGAAAUUUGCAAGAUCCUGCGACAGUGAAAAGCCUUCUCCAACAUGCCACAAAAGGCAGCAAACCUGUUUCUGUCACAGCUAUGAAAGCUUUGAAAAACUUUCCUCAGAGAGUUUUACAGUACGACACUGUACAGAAGGCUUGCAUUCAAAUAUUUUUCCAGAUUACGAAGAAAUUUGAUUCAAGCGCAAGAACGUUAGCUUUGGACAUUUUGUUGGAUGCAGGCAUUAAAGAUGAGCUGCUGAAAGAUGUUUUAGAUUAUUUGAGGAGUCCAGAUAAAGCUUUCGAGGUCAAACAAUACGUUUUGCAGAGAUUGCGACACGAGUCAGACAAAUCCGAAAUCUUUGAAAAUAGGGUAAACAAAUUGUUGCGGCAAUCUAGGCGUGUUAAUAAUUAUAAUGUUCUUGGACAGAAAGGUUUAUCCACUGCGUUUUCUCGAGUGUAUGCAAGCUCUAAUACAUCAAGUACACAGUUAGCGACUGUACAAGAAAUGAAUGGAGGCAUGCUCAAACGUGGUGUUGUAGAUUUUAAUGUACAAUAUGGCGAAGACAACAAAUUACACAACAUUAUGAGUUUGGGAAUGUUUGCCGGUGGAUUGGGCAGUUUCGUAUCGGACACCACGGCGUCUGGCGAAGACAAAGAGGAAGAGCAAGAAGAUGCAACUGCUGGAAUGGAAAUAACUGUCCAUGGCGUAACCAUUAGACCAUUUGUAUUCUUUACUGGACAAGGUGAACUCAUGGGGCACGUUUGGUCUGGAACUGGCUCGGACAAGACACCAGCUUAUCAGGCUGCCAGUUUGUUAUACGACCACCAGGAAACUCUACCAUUACAAACUGGCGUCAUAGCUGAACUAUCUCUUGUGGGAGGAACUUCUGUUGAUCUUUCUGGACAAGUACAGAUUUCGUUAUGGAAUAGAAACGCUCAUUCUCUUAUUGAAACCAAUGCUGGAGCGACGAUUUUAGGCCAUCUGCGCGUGGAUAACUCCUUCGUGCGUUCCGUCUGUGAAUUCAGUUUGACGGCCGAGCCGAAGUUUCACAUCAGUAGCAAUAUCGACUUUUACGAUAAAAUGGCCCUGUGCAUGCAACCGCAACAGCCGGAAUUCAUAAUCAAGUGA